AUGGAUUGCGCGUGUUUGCCCUUUUUCAACCGAGUAUCUUCUCAAAAGGAAGAGGAUGACGAAGAUGCGAGGGUCAAAGUUCUGAAGAUGGAUGACCCCGCGAUCCUCGCUAAGCUGGAAGAAGGCUUUAAGACCCUGCAGGGCUCCGAUUCCAAGUCCCUGCUCAAGAAGCAUUUGACCAAGGAGAUCUUUGACGCCACCAAGGGCAAGAAGACGUCCUUCAAUUCUUCCUUGCUCGAUGUCAUUCAAUCUGGCGUGGCGAAUUUGGACUCCGGCGUUGGAGUUUACGCUCCCGACGCGGACUCGUACUCUGUGUUCUCCGACCUCUUCGACCCGAUCAUCGAGGAGUACCACGUCGGGUUCAAGAAGACCGACAAGCACCCGGCGUGCGACUUUGGCGACUUGGACUCGUACGUGAACGUGGACCCCGAGGGCAAGUACGUUAUUUCCACCCGUACGCGAUGCGGUCGUUCCUUGGAAGGCUAUCCCUUCAACCCGUGUCUCACCGAGGCCCAAUACGUCGAGAUGGAGAAGAAGGUGUCCACCACGUUGACCGGCUUGCCUGGCGAGUUGAAGGGCACCUACUAUCCCCUGACCGGCAUGGCCAAGGAUGUUCAGCAGAAGCUGAUUGAUGACCACUUCUUGUUCAAGGAGGGUGAUCGCUUCCUCCAGGCUGCGAAUGCUUGCCGAUACUGGCCAUCUGGUCGUGGCAUCUACCACAACGACGACAAGACAUUCCUGGUGUGGUGCAACGAAGAGGAUCACUUGCGCAUCAUCUCGAUGCAGCCGGGCGGGGACUUGGGUCAAGUGUACAGGAGGAUGGUGACAGCGGUGCGUGAGAUUGAGAAGCGGGUGCCGUUUUCGCACCACGACAGGCUCGGCUUCCUCACCUUCUGCCCCACCAACUUGGGCACCACGAUCCGCGCCUCUGUGCACAUCAAGCUCCCGAAGCUGGCUGCUGAUAAGGCCAAGUUGGAGGAGAUUGCCGGCAAAUAUAACCUUCAGGUUCGUGGAACUCGUGGCGAGCACACAGAGGCUGAAGGCGGUGUUUAUGACAUCUCCAACAAGCGUCGCAUGGGCCUGACUGAAGGCGAAGCCGUCAGGGAGAUGCAGAACGGCAUCUUGGAGCUCAUCAAGAUUGAGAAGUCCAUGGAGUAGGAAGAACGUGGCGGUAAUGCUCACGGACGGAUGAUGAUGCGUCCUCCUCGAAGUACCCUGUGUUUCUCUUACUGUCUCUCCGACUGUCUUGUCUGUUUUAUCAAUCUAUCUCCUUAUUCCCCCUGUAAUAUGGAAGAAAAAUGAGAAACUUCAACAAGGAAAAAGAAGCACGUUUUUGUCCCGCGCGGAGAUGUCGAGAACGUUGUAGCAUGACUUGAGGAGAGAAACCGGGUUUUUAGUCGCAUCUUUCGGAUUUUUUAUUUAUGCCGUUUAACUGGCUUUUAUCGCUACCUACAAGUCGCUCCUCUGGGUGGGUCAUCGAAAUGCAGAACAGUUGAAAAUUCACUUGUCA